GCAGAGCGAUCAAGUUGCCUUCAACCAUUGGCAGGAAGUCAGCACCCAAUCCGACGAUCCGAUCAUCAAACCCAUCGCCACCCACAUGCUCGGAUGGAUGCACUAUCUCGGCCGCGGCACUGUGCGGGACCAACUGAAGGGCGUCAAGACGAUCCGCGACAGCAGGUCGGACUUGUUCCCGCUUGGAGAAAGCGAAUGUCUGGCCUUCAGCGAUAACACCUUCUCCGAUUCCUCUGUGGCUUGUCGGUUCUUUGAGCUGUGCCAGCUGGGAUCAGAGCGAGAUUGGUUGUGCAAGCAUCUGAUGGCCGUGUGUGUGUUCUUUGGGUUCGGAACCUCGCGGGACCAGAAGAAAGCCGUGGGCAUCUUUGAGCGGCUCGCCAGCAACGGAAACUGCAUCAAUCAAGUCUGGCUGGGACGCUGCUACUACUGGGGGUUGGGAGUAUCCAUCGACCAUGCUGCGGCGAUACAGUGGUACACCCUGGCUGCAAACCAGGGCGAUCCGUAUGGCCAGUGGGAACUUGGUCGAUGCUACUACUGGGGACGCACGAUUGCCAAUGAUUUCGUCAAGGCAGCCGAGACCUUCCGCAAGUCCGCCGAACAGGGCAAUCGGUACGCACAGUGGUACCUCGGCCGCUGCUACGAGACCGGCGAGGGUGUCUCCAAGGACAUCGGAAUCGCUCUCGACUGGUACCGCAAGGCGGCCGACCAGGAUCUGCUGUGGGCUAUCCACAGCGUCAAAGAGCUCCAGUCCAAGCCAAGGUCCAUUUGCCCAACCCAGUGACCCGGCCGAGGAGUGCCCGCACUGUACUCAAACAAUACACCCGAUGAAGUGAAG